CAAAAUGUUCCUACGAGGGCUUUCUUAGUGCUCGCUAUGCUCCGGUAGUGUUUGAUAAAAUUAAAUAGAUAAGUUCCACUCAGUAUGCGGCUCGGAUGUCGAUAUUCUACGAAGUUGUAGUUCAACAUGAUCAUCUCUAGCCACCCCCUCAUGCUGCAGCUCGACUAAUGGAGGAACAGCUAAGUUCUGCAGAGAGGGAGGAAGACGGUUGUGGCGAGAGAGGCGUCCUCCAUAGGUGGCAGGGCUACUCCUGCAAGCUUAACCCAGAGAGACUGCUCCUGCCCCGGCCUGUGCUACAAGCUGCACUGGGUACCUGCCAUGGUUUACUGCUGACAGAAGAGGGACAGGUCUACAGUUUCGGCGAGUUGCCAUGGAAACAAGGUCUGAGGUCACCUCCCGCGAACCCAAUUCUGGAGAGUUCUCUCAGCAGCCAAUGUGUGCUCAGCAUAGCCGCCGGCAGCUUCCACUGCGGCGCAGUGACAGACGAUGGCCAUGUUCACAUGUGGGGAGAGAACUCCCAUGGCCAGUGUGGCAUUCAGGGGCUCAGGCUUAUACCCAACCCCACGCUGGUCAGCCUGGUGGAUGCAGAGACCAUGCCCUCACAGCAGGUGAGGGUAAUGAGUCUUGCCUGUGGGGCCCAGCACACUUUAGCACUUUCGGUCCAACGGGAGGUUUGGGCUUGGGGCAGCGGCUGCCAGCUGGGUUUGGUCACCACUGUGUUCCCAGUGUGGAACCCGCAGAAGGUGGAGCACCUGGCCGGGAGGUAUGUGGUCCAGAUCGCCUGCGGGGGAUUUCACAGCAUGGCCCUGGUGAGGUGCUUACCUCCCUCAGACUCCCGUCAACAUUCACUGGAUAAAUGCGGCCAGUGCAAGCAGGUACUCUACACCAUGAUCGAUGAGGAUGACCACGUCAUCAUCUCUGAUAACCAUUAUUGCCCACUUGGAGUGGCCCUGUCCGAUGCCAAAGGUCAAGGUCAGGUCCCAAGGUCAGGGCAGACGUCAAAGGAAGGAUCACCAGCUCAGACACCCAAAAGCAGUUGCUCCGACCCAAACCUCUUGACUUCGGUGUCUGAGGACUUUGGCCCUAGCUUUAGAUCUUCUGAUGAAAGAACUUUUCAAACCAACCCUGAAGUGCAGAAGGAGCCUGAGGGAAAUGAGCCCGCUCCUGUGAGACUGACUGACAGCCCCAAAUUUCCCCUCAAAAGGGAGAAGAGCAUAAAUAGCUCCUUGUACCCUGACGAACAGGAGCUGAAGAACUACCUCAAAAAGAUGUCUGACCUCGCUCUCUCUGAGCAUACUCCUUCUACUGAGGUUCCAUGUCCUCCAAGAAGUCAGCUUUCAAGCGAAUGCCCCUUUAAGUCUGAUGGAACUGCAUUACCAUCCUUACCAAUGGGCCCAACCCUGCUUAUUACAAGUGAUUUUGAAGAGUCUUUGGCUUCAAGUGGGUCUCCGGAGACUCCUAUAAACAACACUGGUUCAGUCACAGGUAUUCAAAGGGCAGAACCCAAGGGGAAGCUUGCGUUUGAUGACUCUUCAGAGGAGUUGGAGAUAAAGUCAGACUCCUGCUUCUGUGACACUAUUAGCAGUAAUGGCUUUGUUCCAGAGGUGGACAGUGAGAACAAUAAUUAUCUGUGUCCAGAAGAUUCGGCUCAAGCCAGGAAGAGUUACAGUCUGACUGACAUCAGGAUAGAGGAGGCAGGGGCAUGCAAUCGACGAAACUCACUACCCGACCAGCUCGCACAAGUAACUCCAUUACUGGCUCAGAGAGCCAGUCUGAAUAGAGGCAUCACCAUGACAACCUGCGCAAACUCAGAAACGGAAACACUCCUUCCUUCACUCUACACAGAGGUGUGGACGUGGGGGCGUGGCCAGGAGGGGCAGCUAGGUCAUGGAGAUUACCUUCCCAGGCUGCAGCCACUCUGCAUUAAAAGCCUGAGCAAAAAGGAGGUUGUUAAGAUAGCUGCAGGAGCAAACCACUCCUUAGCCUUGACUGCACAUUGUCAGGCGUUUUCAUGGGGAAGCAAUAAAUUUGGACAACUAGGUCACAUGACCUAUCCCAGCACUGUUCCCUGUCUGAUUAAGGUAUCCCAUGGGAUCCGUGUUUGGGACAUGGCAGCAGGGCAGACCCAUACCCUGCUGCUGGCCGAUGGAGACUGUUUUCAGCCUGUGCUCUAUUACAGCGGGGAGCAAAUUGUGGAGCAAACGCCUGGUAACCCUCAGACCCAUUCAGGAACACACACCAAGAUGCCUGUCCUCCUGCCCUUCUGUAUAAGUAUGGGCUAUGUGAGUAGUGUGUUUGCAGGCGGUGUCAGUUGCCUUGCUCUGGCUGAUCAGAAUGUGAUGGGUUUCAUCUCUACUCUGCAUGAGCUGGCCUCGGCCGAGAGGAAGUUCUACGACAGGUUGACCACAGUUAAGGACAAGAUACGCCCUCUGCUUGUUCGCGUCAGCCUUGGCCGUACCUCCACACUGCUGUUCCAGAAAGUGGCGGGACAUUUCAGUCGUCUUUGUCACCUGACUGGCCAGAACUCUGUCUCCCUGACAACCUUUGUGCAGCAGGGCCGAGAUGUUCGAACCCUGGUCCUGGUAAAGGAGACAAGCAUCUUCCUGGAUACCUACAAAGAGUACUUUUGCCUCCUUGGCAACUUCCUGGUGAUGGGAGGGUUCCAGGCUUUGGUAAAACCAUCACAGGAAGUCUAUGGGAAGAAACUUGAGCAGCUGCAGGAUGUGUUAGAGGUCAAAGAGAAAAACGUCUCUCAGAGCGACGUUUUGGCGAAUCUCUUCUACCUGCCGUUACAACAUCUGCACGAGUAUGGAAAACUUCUCCUUAGACUGAGCACCUGCUUUGACGUGCACACUGAGGAGUAUGUGAUGCUUCAGGAAGCUUGUUCAAAGUAUGAUGCCUUAGCUGCUCUCUUACAAAAACAAAAGAAAGAGGCAGAAAGCACCCACAACUUCUGGCGAAACUUCCCUGGAAAAAACUAUAAUCCUCUGCGGAAGCCUGGGCGUAGGCUGCUCUGUGAGAGCAGCAAUAAGGCCCUGACACUCCAGAACGCCGGAAGGUUCUCUCUCAACUGGUUCAUUCUCUUCAACGACACUCUUGUUCAUGCACAGUUCUCCUCUUAUCAUGUAUAUCCUUUGGCUACUCUUUGGGUUGAGCCCGUCUCAGAUGAGAGCAUCGGCCUGUCUGGGCUAAAGCUGACCACUCCUGAGGACAGUUUUACUGUCCUAGCAUCCUCGCCACUGAUGAAGGCCAAAUGGAUCCGAGCUAUUAACCAGGCAGUGGAUGAGGUCUUGCAAGUAGGCCUUGAUGCUAAGGUCUUAGGUGUGAACGGGAGUCCCAGAGCUGAGCCCCCUGUCUCUCGCACAGCAACACACACCUUCACCAAGGAAGGCCGUCUGAAAGAUGCCACGUACGAGGGACGCUGGCUAACAGGCAAACCCCACGGCAGGGGGACGCUGAAAUGGCCGGAUGGUAGAGUUUAUUGCGGAGCAUUCCGGAAUGGACUGGAGGAUGGGUUUGGAGACUAUAUGAUACCCAAUAAAACCUUCAAUAAGUGCGAUCGUUAUCAGGGUCACUGGAAGGAAGGCAAGAUGCAUGGUUUUGGCACUUUUUGGUAUGCGACAGGUGAGGUGUAUGAAGGCCUGUUUCAGGAGAACCAGCGUCAUGGCUACGGCAUGCUCAACAGCAGCAGACUUAGCUCUCCGUCCUCCAGCGUGUUUGUUGGACAGUGGGUCCUUGACAAAAAAACUGGCUACGGAGUCUUUGAUGACAUCAGCAGAGGAGAGAAAUACAUGGGCAUGUGGCUGGAUGACCAGCGGCAGGGUACCGGUGUCGUGGUCACGCAGUACGGACUCUACUACGAGGGGGCCUUCAGCGCUAACAGGAUGAUGGGCUCUGGACUGUUACUCAGUGAUGAUGAUGCAGUCCUGGAGGGAGAGUUUUCAGAAGACUGGACCCUCAACGGGAGGGGUGUUCUCUCUAUGCCUAACGGGGACUCUCUGGAUGGGAUCUUUGUUGGUGAGUGGAGAACUGGGCUGAAGGUGGCUGGAACCUUUAUUAAAACCAACCUCUACGGUAUGGAGAAGAAGGAAACCAGAGUCCCUGCUCUUGGCUCUAUGGCAGUCUCGGCAGAUGAGAAAUGGAAGGCGGUAUUUGAGGAGGUUUGGAGCAGACUAGGCUGUGAUGGUCCAGGAAGAGGGGACAGCGAGAAAGCAUGGGAAAACAUUGCUGUUACCCUGACAACCAGCAUCAGGCAGAAACGAGACAGUAUGAAGCAUUUUUCUCACUCCCAAAAUAAAAUACUGGAGAGUUUAGAGUUCAUCCCUCAGCACGCUGGACCCAUCACCGUGGAAACUUACGAAAACAUACGCCGCUACCUCCUCAAGGCCUGUGAGCUGCCCUUGCACCCUCUGGGCUGGCUGCUGGAGACUCUGGUUACCGUAUACAGGAUGACUUAUGUGGGCGUCGGCUCAAAUCGGCGUCUUCUCUCACAGGCGGUUGAAGAGAUCAGGUCCUACCUGAGACGAAUCUUCCAGCUGGUCAGGUUUCUGUUUCCCUGUCUUCCUGAGGAAGGAGAGUUUAUUCCAGAUCACAAGCCUGAUACCACACAGAGGAGACUCAGCUGCUCCCUGGAGAGCAGCACUCAGUCUGACAUUCUACAACAGGGUGUGGUGGUGAGCAGCUCAUCUCUCCUACUGCCCGUGCUGCUCCCCUGUCUCUACCCUCCUCUGUUCACUCUGUACACGCUGGAGAAAGAGAGGGAGGAUCAGGUGUACUGGGACUGUGUGAAACGCCUCAACAAACAGCCCGACCUCGCCCUCCUCGCAUUCCUGGGAGUCCAGCAAAAGUUCUGGCCUGUAACUAUCUCGGAAUUGGGAAACAGCAAACAGGUCCUUGCGAGUACAAAAGACGCCUGCUUUUCCACAGCUGUGGAGACCUUACAGCAGAUCAGCACAAGGUUCACCCCCUCAGACAAGCUCCUUGUGAUUCAGCAGACUUUUGAGGAGAUGACACAGGAGGUGCAGACGCUGUUGGGACAGGACUUCCUGUGGUCAAUGGAUGACCUUUUCCCGCUCUUCCUGUUUGUUGUCCUCAGAUCGAGGAUCAGAAACCUGGGCUCUGAGGUUAGUCUAAUUGAGGAUCUGAUGGAGCCAAGUCUACAGCAUGGAGAGUUUGGCCUUAUGUUCACCACUCUGAAGGCUUGCUACUUCCAGAUUCAGCAGGAGAAAACGACGUAGGUUUUCGUGUUGGGGGUGUGGUGGAGGAGUGUUGGGGGUGUGGUGGAGGAGUGUUGGGGGGUGUGUUUCUCAUCCCUCUUGCGGAUGCUUCCUGUGAGUUCAGCCCAGUCUUAAGGAGUAGCUUGAGAGAGAUGGGCACAGGCAACGGAGAGAACCAUUUUACACUUAAACACAACAGUGGCAACACUUCACUGUGCUUCCAAAUCUUUUCAAUGCAAAACGGUCUCUGCACCACUUCCCUUAGAUUCUACACUUUUAUUUAUCUCAUUUGCUGCUUUUUUUAUUCUCAGAGAUACUAAUGAACUAUUUCUUCAGAAAUGCACAGGUUGUUUUCACACUGACUGAAAAGGGAUCUAUUGUAUUGUAUGUAUCAAGUGUAUGUAGGACUCAGACAAAAAAUGUUUUUUUUUAUACAGGUAAAUUGCUAUAGUUGAUUGUAUUGAAUGCGGUGCAAUUAAUGAUCUGUAAUCAUUUAAUGAACUCUACUGACUUAAAACUAUGGCACUAACACAGAUUAGCACUCCAAUCCAUAGCUGCACUCAUAAAUCUAUGGACUGUUACUGAUUGUUCCUAUUAGACCAGUGUGUCAUUUAGCAAGAAAAGAACUUUCCUAACGUGCUACAUCUAUUGAGAGCGUGAACAGUUGAGUUAUGUUCUGGUUUAGUAGAGUU